CACGAGAUAAGCCCAAGCGAUCUAACAAGUGUUAGCAGUACACUCAUGAUAGCGUGCUUUGUGACGUGUAGUAGUAUCCAUUUUUUCAACGAAUUGCCAUAGAGUUGGUAUAAAGUAUUGAACAGGUACAAUAAUUUUGUUCUCUAAUAUAGUGAGUGAUUUUCAAGAAAGGUGCAGUUAUUUCUUUGAAAUAGGAUUGAAUUUAUUCAACAUGUUCCAUGCCGAUAAGUAUGUGGAACUUGACAUAGUCUGACGAAUCGUAUAAAUAUGUCAAUGGCUUGUUGAUAAAAUGUGAAUCACGUUUUCUAAUAAUAAGCAUUCCCAUGCAAUCAAGCUGCUUGUAAUUGUGAAAUCGAAGGAAGUUUAACAGUGAAGUGUUACAAUAUUGAAGAAGGUAUUGCAGCGGGUCAAUCAAAAUGGGCUUCAAAUGGUUCAAGGCUCGCAUCACGAUAAGUAGAAUGCCUGAAUAUUCUUCUGCGGCAGCGGGUUCCUACAGGACAACGUCAUUUGACACGCCUGAGUUUCAACCAAGUAAUAAUUACACAACUUCAACUUAUGGUCAAAACAAUAUUGAUCAACAGCCCAGCACUAGGCCAGUUUCGUUGCCUGCAUUAAAAUUAAAUAAUCCAAUGGCUGAAGUAGCAGGCACAGAAAAUGUUUCGGAAUCAGUCGAACUGAACAGCAGUGAGAAAUCAAGUAAAUCUUCAAAGAGAACAUCCGACGUAACACAGUUGGGACGAGAAAUGUACAGCGGUUUAGGAAUAAGAAAUACCGCUCUCUUGAGAAAAGAGACAUUUGAACAGGAUUAUAAUCAGAAUAUCGGAAAUGUCACUCCUAGACCUGCACAAAAAAUGCACAAAGCUGAAUACAAAAGAAAAAAAGUUAAAGCACCAGUCCCUAAAAGGAAAUUGAGUACGGGCAGUGGUGGCAAUUCAGAGAUUGUUACAUUUACAAAUGAAAAGAAAUCGUCGCACACUAGUGAUGUCGACGUUUAGUCUAGCUGUAUUUAUAUACUUAAAAAACAAUCUACCUUCAAUGUAAUAUAAUCUAUAGUUACAAUUUGAUCAAAAACAUUCUUGUCUUCGCGGUUUAUACCUACUAACACUUGUAGAGAAAAUUAAUAAA